UUAUUUUACAACUACAGAUGGGUGAAUGAUCUCUGGCUGGUGUGAUUCUAUAUAUAAUUACUCAGGAAAUAUUUUAUGGUUUGGUUUAAAUUGUGUAAAGGGUAUCAGCGGUGGCCAGUCUGGAAAUUUGUAGUCCAAACUGGCAACUUUGUAUAAGUAGGCGGUAACAUCAUAUGGCUGCUGGCAACAUCUGGAAAGCUUUAUUAACACUGCUGCUCUCUCUCAGAAGUGCUCGUGAGUUGAUCUGCACAUCCAAAAUGUCCUUUAUAAAAGUUACAGAAAACUCGGACUUUUCUCUCCACAACCUCCCCUAUGGAGUUUUCUCCACUAAAGACAAUGCUCGGAGGAGGAUCGGAGUGGCCAUCGGAGAUCAGAUCUUGGACCUGUUCGCAAUCAAACACCUCUUCACCGGACCGGAACUCUCUCAGCACCGGCAUGUGUUCGAUCAGCCCACUCUGAACGCGUUCAUGGCUCUGGGUUCGAGUGCAUGGAGAGAGGCGCGCGCGGUUCUUCAGACGCUGCUGCGCGCGGACGAGCCGAGGCUGAGAGACAAUCACGAGCUUAGGGGCAGAGCUUUUGUUGAUCAGAGCGUUGCAGUGAUGCAUCUCCCAGCUGAGAUUGGCGAUUACACUGACUUCUACUCAUCCAGAGACCAUGCCACGAACGUUGGAAUCAUGUUCCGGGGCAAAGAGAAUGCGCUGAUGCCGAACUGGCUGAGGCUGCCUGUUGGCUACCAUGGCCGAGCUUCCUCUGUGGUCAUCUCAGAAACUCCAAUUAGAAGACCUCAAGGCCAGAUGAGGCCAGACCCAACCAAACCUCCUGUGUUUGGGCCAUCAAAGCAGCUGGACAUUGAGCUGGAAAUGGCAUUCUUUGUGGGUCCUGGGAACAGACUAGGAGAGCCAAUACCAAUAGAGAAAGCACAUGAACACAUCUUUGGUAUGGUGCUGAUGAACGACUGGAGCGCGAGGGAUAUCCAGGCAUGGGAGUAUGUGCCAUUAGGUCCAUUUCUUGGGAAGAAUUUCGGGACCACCAUCUCACCUUGGGUUGUUCCUAUGGAGGCUCUGAUGCCUUUUGUCGAGACGAACACAGUGCAGGACCCUGAGCCACUACCAUACCUUCGCCACCGGGACCCGUUCACAUUUAACAUCAAACUCUUUGUCUCAGUUAAAGGUGAAGGCAUGAAGGCGACCACCAUCUGCAAGUCUAACUUUAAGUACAUGUACUGGACCAUGAAGCAGCAGUUAGCGCAUCACACAGUGAACGGCUGUAACGUCAGGCCAGGGGACCUGCUGGCAUCAGGCACCAUCAGUGGACCGGAUCCGGAAAGUUUCGGCUCGUUGUUGGAGCUCUCAUGGAGAGGAUCAAAGCUCAUUGAGCUUGGUGGAGGAGAGACGAGGACGUUCCUUAAGGAUGGAGACGAGGUCACCCUCACAGGUUACUGUGAGGGUCGGGGAUACCGCGUUGGUUUCGGAUCGUGCCAGGGGAAGGUCAUUCCUGCGCUACAGCAGUGAUGUUCCCCAUUAUUACUCCUUUCCAUCCCUAAAACCAGCUGGGCUUAUCAUGCACCAAAUGAUGCCUUAUCAGUCACGUUUAAUUAUUCAUGACCUUUUCCCUGACAGCUAAUGGAGUACAUGCAAGCUGUUUUGAUUCGCUCAUUGGAGUUUCACUUAGACAAAGCUUAUCUCUGGGCAGAAAUGAUUAUGAUAGAUUGUGUGCGACAGCCAAGGAAAUUGAACGGAGAUUGGACAAAACGCAUUGACUUUUGUGUUUAAUAAUAUGAGAGUGUCCAGAAACAUUCCAUUGGCUUUUUUUUUAUAUAUCCAAAAGUGUAAGCAGUAUAUGAUAUUAUUGUUCAAUGUAUUUUUGUUUCUAAUAGGAAGGGGCUCGACGAUCACUGACAAGUUAUUGAUAAGCAUGAUUUUUAUUCAUAUUUAAUAAUGCAACAUUGAACUGUAAAGCAAAAAGAAGCAUAGGUCAGCUCUCAUAAUAGCUCAACGCAAUUCUACAGGAAGUACCAGAUAGUUAUAUUCGCUGAAAGCCACAAUUCUGUGUACAAAUACGGCAGCUUGUUCUAGAAGCUAAACGUCUGAGUCUGUCACCUCUCUUUAGUUUCAUCACAUAACAAUAACGACCCAGAUAAUAGCCACGUAAACUGGCACGGUGGUUGCAAUUUAUGUCUCUAAGACAUAAACAAGCUCAGUUGCUAAUUGGGAAGAUGUCAACACGGCUUUAUUUUAAUUAUCAUCCGCUUCCUUCCACCUUCCACAGAGUAUAAUCUGUGAUUUAAAUCGACCUGUGUUAUAAAACAGCAAUACGUCUUGGUGAUUGUUCAUUUCAUCUCCACCCCCUUACCCAUUGAUUUGCGGAUUCGGUUCAAGCUCUCUUCACGCAAAUUUACCGUGAUUAAUCGUCCAGCUGGCAAAGAAAUUUUACCAGCUUCAUCAGCUCAGCCUGAUGUUUUUGGAAAUUGUUCAGGCAUUUUUUUUCCCAGCAUGGCAGUAAUGGAUGACUGAUUAAACAUUCCAACUUCCACCUUGUGUAGUUUGCAUGUGCUAACCAGUCCUUUCCUUUUCUGCCUUUAGAAAAAGCUUGAUUAGGUAAAACUCCUGAGCUUUUCCAAAAAAAUAGCCUCUGCUGCAUAAAUCCUUUAAACAUUCAAUUUCGCAAAGGCUUCUCAACAUGAAGCCUAAUUACCAAAGGCAGUGUUAUGUUUAUUUCUGUUACCCACAAAUUGGUAAUUAAAGUUACUGAUGUCUGUUAA